AUGGCUCUCUUCCUUCAAUGGCUGAUAGAAGCUUUCAAACCACUUUUGCCUUUUGCAUCCAUUUUUAUAGCAGCGCUUCUGAUGAAGUUUGUCCUGAAAAAAAACCAGAGAAAGAAAAAUCUACCACCGAGUCCUAAAACGUUACCAAUCAUUGGCAACCUUCACCAGGUAGGUAUACACAACCCUCACAUAGCUCUCCACAGUCAAGCACAAAAAUAUGGUCCCAUCAUGUUUUUACAGCUUGGUGAGAUCCCAACCGUGGUGAUUUCAUCGGCUAGAUUGGCUAAGGAAGUCCUCAAAACCCAUGAUCUUGUACUCGCAAGCCGCCCUCAGCUCUUUUCAGCAAAAUACUUGUUCUAUGAUUGCUCAGAUAUUGCCUUUGCUCCAUAUGGUGCCUACUGGAGAAAUGUAAGAAAACUUUGCAUUCUUGAGCUGCUGAGUGCUAAGCGAGUCCUAUCAUUCAGCUAUGUCAGGGAAGAAGAAGUUGCUCGUUUGGUUAGUCGGAUAGCAGAGUCUUCUUCCUCUGGCAUCACCAACGUAAGCAAAAUUGUUGGGCUGUAUGCUAAUGAUGUCCUUUGCCGGGUUGCACUUGGAAGGGACUUCUCACAAGGAGGGGAGUAUGAUCAGCAUGGUUUCCAAAAGAUGCUUGAUGAUUACCAGGCACUGCUUGGAGGAUUCAGUCUUGGAGAUUAUUUCCCAUCCAUGGAGUUUGUACAUAGCUUAACAGGUAUGAAAAGAAGACUCCUACAUACUUUCAGACGGUUUGAUGAGUUCUUUGAUGAAGUUAUAAAAGAACAUCAAAAUUCGGAAGGAAAACAAGAGGAACGAAAGGACCUUGUAGACGUCUUACUUGAUAUACAGAAGAACGGUUCCAGUGAUAUGCCUCUUACCAUGGAUAACAUCAAAGCAGUAAUCUUGGAUAUGUUUGCAGCAGGAACUGAUACUACUUUCAUAACGCUUGAUUGGGCAAUGACGGAGCUGAUCAUGAAUCCUACAGCUAUGGCAAAAGCACAAGCAGAAAUUCAGAACAUUGUUGGUGAGAGAAGAGUUGUACUAGAGAGUGAUCUGCCUAAGCUUAACUAUAUGAAAGCUAUAAUCAAAGAGGUUUUCCGUUUACAUCCUCCUGUCCCAGUUUUGCUCCCAAGAGAGUCAAUGGAAGAUGUUAUCAUUGAUGGGUACGACAUUCCUGCUAAAACUCGGAUUUAUGUGAAUGCAUGGGCAAUGGGGAGGGACCCGGAAGUAUGGGAGAAUCCAGAAAUAUUUAAACCAGAAAGAUUUAUGGGCAGCAGUAUAGACUUCAAAGGGCAGGAGUUUGAGCUGAUACCGUUUGGAGCUGGUAGACGAAGCUGUCCAGCCAUCACAUUUGGAAUAGCAACUGUUGAGCUUGCUUUAGCUCAACUUCUGCAUAGCUUUGAUUGGGAAUUGCCACCAGGUGUAAAAGCUCAGGAUAUAGAUAAUACAGAAGCUUUUGGGAUCUCAAUGCACAGGGUAGUUCCUCUGCACGCGAUCGCCAAAUCACACUUUCUGUAAGGCAGACAUGGCCAUAAACAUGGUAGUCAUUUUGCUUUUGCCUGCGUCAAGAUAUGCUUUCUGCAAUAAUAAGAUAUGCACUGCAUUAUAUUGUGCCGUUAAA